CGAUAUGGAUCUGGGAAUUUAGUAUUGGAAGAGAGGAGCAUCAUAGAGAAUGGCACAGGAGAUGGAGAAAUUGGGAGGAACGAGCGAGGAAGACGAGGACGAAGAAAUGGAGAUGGAAAUGAAAGAUGGGGACGACGAAGAUGAAGACGAUAAUGAAGAGAAAAAACACAGAAGAGCCACCGCUGCCGCAAUGAUGGCCGCAAAUGAAGGUUUCGGAUCAAAUAGCAACAAUCGAUUUCAACAUCUACACCACCACCACCUUCAACAACAACAACAUCAACAAUACCAAGAUCAAAUGACUUCUAGCGGAGGCGGCGGCAGUGGAGGAGGAGAAGGAUCUCGAAGGUGUAGACCUAAAGAGGAGAAAGAGAGAACGAAGCUAAGAGAGCGGCAUCGAAGGGCAAUCACAGCGAGGAUCCUGGCCGGUUUAAGAAGACAUGGAAACUAUAAUCUCAGAGUUAGAGCAGAUAUAAACGAUGUAAUCGCUGCCCUCGCAAGAGAAGCUGGAUGGGUUGUUCUUCCAGAUGGAACCACCUUUCCUUCCAGAUCUCAGAGUGCAAAGCCUGUUGGUGCCACCUCCGGUGAUGCUGUUAAUUCUUCGUCGCAGAUGGUGGCAGCUCAGAACCCACCCGCUGCCCUUAGGGUAGUCUCUCCUGGUGUGCGGAACACUGCGGCGGAUUACCGUCCGUAUCGUAUGAAAAACGUCUUUGUUCCGAAUUCCUCGUCUUAUGACGGCUCUUCUAGUUCUCGAUCUCGCAUUGGAUCUUUUGUGGAGGAUAGAGGAGAGAGGACUGAGAAUUCGCCUCUCAUAGUGAGCUGUAUUGAUGCUGUUGAUGAUAAUCAGGUAAUAGACAUACCUCCAAAGUUGCAAGAGCGGGAUUUUGCAGGCACCCCUUACGUUCCAGUUUAUGUGAUGCUACCGCUGGGAGUUAUCAAUAUGAAGUGUGAGCUUGUUGAUCUGGAUGGUCUAUAUAAGCAACUGAGGAUAUUGAAGUCAAUCAACGUCGAUGGUGUGAUGGUUGAUUGUUGGUGGGGAAUAGUGGAAGCUCAUGCUCCACAACAAUAUAAUUGGAGUGGUUACAAGCAGCUCUUUCAAAUUGUUCGUGAACUCAAGCUCAAAUUGCAGGUGGUAAUGUCAUUUCAUGAAUGUGGAGGAAAUGUUGGUGAUGAUGUUCACAUUCCAUUACCUCUUUGGGUGGCAGAAAUUGGUCGAAACAAUCCUGACAUUUUUUUUACUGAUAGAGAGGGUAGGCGGAACCCAGAAUGCCUCACAUGGGGUAUUGACAAGGAACGGGUUUUAAGAGGGCGUACUGCUGUUGAAGUUUACUAUGAAUACAUGAGAAGCUUCCGAGUAGAAUUUGAUGAGUUUUUUGAGGAUGGAAUCAUCUCCGAGAUUGAAGUUGGACUAGGUCCCUGUGGGGAGCUGCGGUAUCCCUCCUAUCCUGUGAAGCAUGGCUGGAGAUAUCCUGGCAUUGGUGAAUUUCAGUGUUAUGAUAAAUAUUUAUUAAAGAAUUUGAGGAAGGCAGCAGAAGCAAGGGGACAUGUCAUCUGGGCUAGAGGGCCAGAGAAUGCAGGUUCUUACAAUUCCCAGCCUCAUGAAACAGGCUUCUUUUGUGAUGGGGGUGAAUAUGAUGGCUACUAUGGCAGAUUCUUCCUUAAUUGGUAUUCUCAAGUUUUGAUUGACCAUGCUGAUCGAGUGCUUUCUUUUGCCAACAUGGCUUUCGAAGGCUCCUCUAUUGCUUUAAAGGUAUCAGGUAUUCAUUGGUGGUACAAGACAGCCAGCCAUGCUGCUGAAUUGACUGCUGGGUUUUAUAAUUCUUGCAACAAGGAUGGCUAUUUUCCUAUUGCUGCAAUGUUAAAGAAACAUGCAGUUGCUCUUAACUUCACAUGUGUUGAAUUGCGCACUUUGAACCAACAUGAGGACUUCCCAGAGGCAUUAGCCGAUCCUGAGGGCCUUGUUUGGCAGGUGCUCAAUGCUGCAUGGGAUGCUUGCAUACCUGUAGCUAGCGAAAAUGCUCUUCCUUGCCAUGAUAGAGAUGGCUACAACAAGAUUUUGGAAAAUGCUAAGCCCAUGAAUGAUCCUGAUGGGAAGCACUUAUCUGCAUUUACCUACCUCAGGCUUAGCCAACAGCUGAUGGAGAGACAAAACUUCUUGGAGUUUGAACGAUUUGUUAAGAGAAUGCAUGGAGAAGCAGUUCUUGCUGUCUAGUUGUACAGAGUGGGGAACAGCAUUAU